UUUAGGGUCCACUCGCUCAACCGCCCUCAAGACGUGAUGCGUCAAAGGGGAAAGCUCCGAUGCUUUCUCCACAAGGCCGUGGUGCACGGGAAGAUGACUUGUUCACGGAAGAGAAGAUGGCGUUGAUCCCUAAUUUGCUAAAAUGGAUGAUUCAUGAAUUCCUGAGGCUCAAAGAUAAACGUGAUAUAAUCACAAUUCCUGUCCCCCGAGGAUUCAUUGCACCGCGUACCCAGAUCACGUUAUCUGGAGAGGAUUUGCAGCAGGUUGCUACGUGUGACUACAUCGGCAACCAGGGAAUGCUGUUUGGAAUGAUGCACAUAUGGGAGAGCAUCAACGGUCUGAGAAAAAUUUUCAAGUUUUACGACCCAGAGCUUCUCAUAGUGCAUGGGAUCAACGAUGAAGAAAAGAGUCAGUCUUUUGACGAUGCGGCAAGACGAUUGGCUAAUUGGUUAUCAUUAAUGAACAACAACCACCAAAUGUUCUUUAUUCUUUGGAAUAUCGGGAUGCAUUGGACGCUAGUGGUGGUUACGCCAAGGAAAAUUAUCCAUUUAAACCCUAUAAGUGGCCGCCCAAUUCCCGAAGUAAUAGAACAAAUGAUCGGAAGGGCAUUCAUGUAUAUAGGGAACGCACAUGACUAUCUUGGCCCGUGGCAAGGAAUUAACCAAGCAAACUGUCCAAGACAACCUAAAAGCCAAGAAUGCGGUUUUUAUGUUUUGAAAUAUAUCACUGACAUCGUCGCACGUGCCAACCCCAGCCGUUACAUACAAGAUCAAAAAGCUUUUGGGGGUAAGAAGCAAUACGAUCCAAAAACAGAAUUGUUACCACUACAGCGAAAGUGGAUCGAACAAUUGAUGGCGGUGAUUCACGGUGACGAUUGAGGUUGAAAGGUCGAAGAAUUUUUCUUCAUUAUGUAAUUUUUAUAGAUUAAAUUGUAGUUAGAUUUAUUAACUUAUUAAUAUUUUUAACUAAUUUUACAUUAGUGUUUGUGUAAUAUUUAAUUACUUUUAUGAAAUUAAAUUAUGUAUUUUACCCAAA